AUGCAUGUGCCAUCCGUUUCUGAUAUCGACAGCCAUUUCCACAGCGAUUCCUCAUCGAACCAUACCACCGAGAUCAUGCAUGUGCCAUCCGUUUCUGUCGAUUUACCAGUGCAGACCCGAAUAGCCUCAACGACGACAUCGACGACGUCCAGCACGGAAGGCCUGAGAUGCGCCGUGAAUGAGACGGUUGUUGAAUGUGGAAGAGUCUGUGAAGCAGACUGUGUGUCGAUCUUUACCCGUUCCGAUUGCGAUGAGUGUGGAUCACCGGCUUGUGCCUGUAUGCAGGGUUACGCCCGUAAUCCUCAAGGCACCUGCGUCUACUGGGGAGACUGCCCGGUCAAUGGUUCGGCUGAAGCGACCACAACUACACCUGCUCCUACCACCCGGAAGAAGAUUGAGAAACCUACAAAACUCAAAGUGGGCGGUGAUGUUUGCUAUGGCGACUUCCGCUAUCCAACUGGAUGUUCGGAUUGUGACUACAAGUUGUCGUGGAAUUACGUCGAGGAUUCUGAUGAUAUUGAGUUUUCUCUGGAAACGAAGCUCAAGCAGAACUCUUGGACCGGCCUGGGUCUCAGCAAAGACGGCUCUAUGGUGAAUGCCGACAUGAUGAUUGUGAAAUCCUUCGGGGGAGUUCUCAGUCUUCACGAUAUGUUUAGCCAUGGUUAUGGAGCGCCAACGAAGGAUCAGCAACAAGAUCUUUUCACUCCCAAUGUGAUCGGAACACAUGCGAAUGGAGUGUUGCGAGCACAGUUUAUGCGAAAGCGGAGCACCGGCGACAAAAACGAUAAGUCGUUUGUAGACGAAUGCUGGAAAAUGAUGUUCCCCGUGACUGGAGGGAAACUUGAUGACAGCGGUAACGUCACCGCCCAUAUCGAAACGCCUUUGGUGACCGAUAAGGAAGUCUGCAUCAGAAGUUGUCGGGAGGAGAAGAAAAGUGAUGCUAACUCUGCAUGUGAGAACUCGUAUCAAUAUCCUGCUGGUUGCUCUGGAGAUGACUGCGAUUACCGAGCUUCGUGGACCUACGAUAGCGCCAAGAACGACGUUCGUUUCGAAAUUUCCAGCAAAAACAUUGGCCGAUGGACAGGAAUAGGGUUCUCCAAGUAG